AUGGACAGACAUACCACCUACAUUUAUACCAAGCCGGUUAGAAAUAUUAUAUUUAUUCAGACCCCAUUCAACUUACUCCUCUUUAUUUCCCCACUCUUUAUUUAUCUUUCUCUAUCUUUAUCUCUGUUACUGUUUUCUUCUUUUUACUUUUUUUUUUUUUUUUUUUUUUUUUUUUACGUAUUCUUUCUUUUCCUUUUACUCUUCUUUAAAAGGGAGAAGGAGAAAACGAAAUGGUUGGUUCACCAACCAUUUUGUUUUCUCUUUCUCCCUUUUUUGUUUCACUUUCAACUCUCUCUCUCUCUCUGUUUGUUGUUCCCUCAUUUUUUCACAACUUCUUGUUCUUUCUACCCCCUCUCUCUCUAUCUCCCAUUCUCUCUUUCUUUCUAUCUUUUCUCUUUCUUCCUCACCUACUCUCAUUCCUAUUUUUCUCUCCUUUUACUCUGUUUUUAUCUUUCUCUAACUCCUUUUCCCUGUUUCUUUCUCUCAUUUUCUUUUCUUUUUAUUCCUCCUCUCGUUCUCUUAUUUUGUUUACCUUCCACUCUUUUUUCCUAUUCCUUUUCUUUCACCUCUCUUUCUAUCCUUUUUUCUCUGUUUUGCAACUUUACCUCUCUUCCACAACUUCCCUCUUUUCUCUCCUCUCUCUCUCUCUCUCUCUCCCUACAUAAUUCUUUCUAUCACAUUUUUUCUUUUCCUUUUAUCCUUAAAUUCACCAUUUCCUUUUCUCCAACUGCUUUUUCCUAUUCUUUUCCUUCUCUUUCUUUCUUUUCAUUCCCCAACACUUUUUUCUUUCCAUUUUUACUUUCCUCCGCCCCACCCCACUGA